GGCAAGACCGGUGAGGAGGAGCUGGGGACCCAGGACGAGGCUGCUGUGCAGACGGCCUCCUGCUUUUCCAUGGGCACCGUGGCACUUCCGCUUGACCUAUCCGAUCCCUCUGGGGGUUCUUCUUCCCUCGGCGGGCCCAUCAAGGACGGCCGGCUCCUGAUUCGUAGCACGGUAUUCCUCACGGACAUGCACGACGGUCGAAAGAAGGUGUUCCUGGCGACCAAGGACCAGCCAUUGCAGCUAAAGCUGGGGGUGCUACUCGGUGGGUACGCCCGCUUCGGUCUCACCCAGCAGGUCUCUUUCACCGUCACCGACGUGGGCAGCAGUACCUUGGUCACCCAGACGGAAACGUGGACGUUGGAGGAUGGCUGGGAGAGAAUCUACAACUUGCAGCCGCGGGGGCAGUACUGGCUGACCUGGCACCACGCCCAUCGCGAGCGAACAGAGUCCGCUUGCCUUCACUUUGGCCUCCUUCUCCAGGUGCACCCGAAGUCAGAUCUUGCGAGGAUGACCAGCUGCCCGGGAAGCGGUUCCCGUCCAGAGGACAUGUUCCCGGAGUCGCUGGAUGUUACCUCCAGCUCAGUCUUCAGGUACAGCAAGCCUUUGCAGUUUUUGUCACAGGUACAGCGAGGCUUCCUCACGAAUACGCGGAUCGAGCUUUCUUCUGCUUCAUGGGUGGGAGUGGAGGUUGGAUACAACUUCAUGGUCUCCCACGCAGAGAUGGAUUUCGUUCUGGCACAGGAGUCGACGAACUCGAAGCCGAUGGUGCAGAGUACGCUGGAGCCAAUGAACAGCCCGAGCAGCACGAUCAACGCCAAGCUGACAGCAGGAGCCGUGCUGCAGCCUGGCUCGUACGUCAUCCGAGUCGCAGAUGAUCAUUGGACCGGCCAGAUCGAGGGCAGCGCGUGCUUUCCUUUCUCCUUCGACGUCACCGUUGUGCCUGAGAGCAUCAAGCCCCCUCGCAUCCUCUCAGUGCGACCACAUCCGUCUGUGCCACUGGUCCGUGGCGUUGAUGUG